AUGCAAGAUGAUUUAGUUCCUAUAAUUCAAAAAUUAAAUGAUUCACCAGAGAACACAUCCAAGAUUAUAAGUGAAAAAUUAAGUCAAAUACUAGGAUCACAACAUGAUAACAAUAAAAUUAAUUUGCUACCAAGAUGUAAUGCUACUGUGGUAUGGGAAAAGGCAAGAAAUAUUGGAAGAAAAGAUAAACUGAAUAGAUUUGAAAAUAUGGAUCGCUAUUACAAAUCCUCACAUCAAAAUUCUAAACAUCUAAGACAGGAUAAACAAUACCUAAAAGAGAACAAUUUAAUAGAUUCACAGGAAAAUCAGAUUGUAGUACUAGAUGAUAUUCCAAUUGAACAGAAGUCAGUGCAGUCAGAAACUUCAUUAAAUGAAAAUCCCAUUUUAUCAAAGUUCCAUAGGGUGGGAAAAAAAGCACAUGAUCAAAUGUGCUUGUUAAUUAGUAACAAUUGGUGGUACAGUUGGGCUUAUAAGAAAACAAAAAAAAUUAUUAACAAUGUUGUGAUAGACUUAAAAACAAUAUGA